AUGCCUUAAAUGUGGAUAAAUGAAUAUUAAUACAAAGUAACAAUGAGAGAAAAUUCAGAUGCCUUAUUUGAUUAAUUAUUCACAUGGAGAAAUUAAGAUUAAAAAUAUAGAGCUACUUUUAUAGUAUUUCAUACAUAAACUGAAUAAGUAAUAUUAAUUAUAUAAAAGGCGAUUUAAAUAGUAGAUUCGUUUUUGAUGAUAUAUAAUUUAUAUAAUCCUGUUAUUGUUGAAAAUCAAUCAUUAUAAUCAAAUAACAUAAACGAUGAAGAUAUGGAUGAAGAUUAAAAAAUGCUUUAAUGA